AUGUCUUCGGGACCAUUCAACCCUCCGGAUGUGGUGCUGGACGGCUUCAAGGAGCGGCCGGAGUCCCUGACCGUCCAAGGCACAUGCUGCAAUUCUACGCUCUACGUGGGGACCUCGACGGGGAACCUGCAUGUCUACACCUUCGGAGACACGCCAGAUCAUGCCACCGAACUGGUGGAGACCAAGAAGUCGCUAUGCCGAAGGAGUAUAGACCAGGUCAUGUUCAUCAAGGACGUGAACUCCUUAGCCGUCCUCUCAGAGGCGCAAGUUACGCUCUUCCCAUACCCCACAUAUUUCCCACCUACUCCCCUCGUGAAGACGAAGGGCGCCUUGUGCUUCGCUCUCAACACCACUGUCGAGUAUCAAACCCCCGAGUCUGCGACACCAUCGAGCCCCGGUCCUUCAGGGAAAGGUAAGGGCGUGCCGACGGUCGUCACCAGGCUGGCAGUCGGAUGCAGGCGGAAGAUCGUGCUAUACUCCUGGAAGGAUGGCGAGCCCCAGGAAGUCCAGGAAUUCACGCUUGCGCACUCUCCACGAGCAAUGAGCUUCAUGAACAACGAAGUUCUCUGCUGGGGGCAUACUCCUACAGACUACGCACUCACAUCCUUGACGACAUCUGUGACGGUGGACGCCAGUACCCCGAUUCCCACUACGUCAUCUAGUGGCAGCAUCGGCAAUAUGGGAAUCGGUGCACUCUCUGGACUUGGCGGCUACAUGACUCUGGGGCUGGUAGCUAAGGCGAAACCCAACGUUAUUGGACUGAACGAGAGCGAAGCGCUCAUCGCGAAAGAUAACAAUGGCUAUAUAAUUGGCAGCGAUGGCAAGCCUUGUCGAAGUGAAAACAUCGACUGGCCAGCCACCCCAGAGGAGAUGGCCAUCCUCAAACCCUACAUCUUCACGAUCUUGCCUGCUGGAUCGGUACCCACGUCGCAAGUAGAGGGACUGCCCGCAACUACUCCGUCCACCUUCGUCUCUUCUCCCGUGGUCGAGAUCCGUUCCUCGCUUUCUCUCUCCCCCGUUCAAACGAUACCCUUUCCACCUGCAUCUACAUCCUCUAGCACACAGACGACCGGUACAACACAUACAGUGCGCCUCCUUACUCCGUCUCCAUCCUCCAAGUCUCCCCUAUUCGUUGUGAGCACCCCAACCGAUCGCACAGCGGCCGCAAACACAGGGAGCUCGAUAUGGCGUUUCCGGAUGAAGCCCUGGAUUCAGCAAAUUGACGAGCUUGUGGAAGCGGGAUCGUACACGGAAGCGCUCGCUCUUCUUGAUUCUCUCGACGUUGCGUUAGUGGCGGACAAGGAAACGAGACAACGGCAAAUCCGUGCUCUUCAGGCGGUCGACAACUUCCGGAACGCCAAGUACGACGAAGCCGUCAACGCGUUCCUCGACCUAGAUAUCAAUCCGGCCAAAGUUGUGGCAUUAUACCCUGAGACAAUAUCGGGCCGGCUCGCGAUACCACAAGAAGACUGGAUAACCCUGUACGGCGGGCCUAAACCGAAGGCGCCAGAGCGUCCUGCGACACCACAACCCACAGCCCCAAUACGCAGUCCGAAGCCAGGGGACUCGCCGGGCACACCCAAGAGCAUGGAAUCGCCGCCUCGAGCCCCGACUCCGCAGGGCUCUAUCCGAGGUGUGCUGAAGUCUGGGCUGGAGAGCAUCGUCGCCGCGACCAAGGAUGACGACGCAGCAUCCAUCCGCAGCGUCCGCCGUCCACCCAAGCCCGACAAUUUCCACCGCUCAAUUGAGGUACUCAUGCGGUACCUCUCCGACCGACGACCGAAGAUCGCGGGCGCUCUCGCGCAGUUCCACAUCACGUCAUCGCAGUCGCACGAGAUGCCAAUCUUGUCCGCGACGUCGAAGGAGGACCUGCUGGCACUCCCGAACGCGCCGCUGUCUGCUCUUACCCCAGAGGAGCUCGUGCGUUUCGCGCAGAUUGUAGACACGGCGCUGUUCAAGUCGUACCUCCUUGUCCGCCCAGGGCUGCUUGGUCCGCUUUGUCGCGUGGGAUGGUGCGAAGUGUCGGAGGUGGAGGAGCUCCUCCGCGAGCGGGAGAAAUACCAGGAGAUGAUCUAUCUGUACAACGGGAGGAAGAUGCACGGCAAGGCGCUGAGCCUCCUUCGACAGCUAAGCGACAAGGAGACCGAUGAACGCGACAAGCUCGGUCCAACAGUCAGCUAUCUACAGCGCCUUGGGCCUGAGCAUAUCGACCAGAUCUUCGAGCACUCGCGCUGGGUGUUUGAGCAUGAUCGUGAUAUUGCCUUCGAGAUCUUUACUUCUGAGGAGGCGGAAUUGCCGAAGCAGCCCGUCGCAGACUUCCUCGAGCAACUCGAUCCUGCCAUCUGCGCACGGUAUAUCGAGUAUCUAAUCGACGAACGUGCAGAGACCUCGCAAGAGUUCCACGACCGCCUCGCGGAGCUGUAUCUUCGUAUGACUAUCGCUGCGAAGAAACGGGGUGACGAUGACGGCCGGAAGAAGACAUACGGGAAACUGCUACAUCUCAUCGAUACGACGGAUCACUACUCGGCAGACCGCCUGUUUGGUCUGUUGCCCUCUGAAGAUCUUUUCGAGGCCAAGGCUAUUCUACUCGGACGUCUCGGGCGGCACGACAGCGCGCUCGAGGUGUAUGCCUACCGCCUGCAGGACUUCCAGAAAGCAGAAGAAUACUGCAAACGCGUUUACAAGCCAAACUCACCCACCUCCAGCGUUUUCCUUACGCUCCUUCGCACAUAUCUUCUGCCCGGCCCCUCCGCGCCCACUGCAGCAGCGCUCCUGCCCCCCGCGCUCGACCUCAUCAGUCGCCACAGUCCGCGCUUGGAUCCUGUGGCGACGCUACAGCUGCUCCCGCCGCUGGUCACCGCGCAGGACGUUCGUGCGUUCCUGCUGGAGUCGUUGCGUGCGCCAGUGUUUGACACGCGCGUGGUGCGCAACGUGCACAAGGCUCGCGAGGAGCAGGCCGCUCGCCGGUUGAUGGUUUUGCAGUCGAAACGCGUGCGGAUCACCGACAGCAGGAUCUGCCCACAAUGCCACAAACGGUUAGGCGGUAGUGUCAUCGCCGUGCAUGCACCCCACGGGGAGGUGACGCAUUACCAGUGCCGAGAAGCGUUCUCGCAUAAGCUGAAGGAAGGCCGAGCAUAAUGAAAGCACGAUGGCUUGUGCAGCUUGCAUGACCAACUCACGCGCUAUAAGAUUUCCACUUACUUUGCCGUGAACAAUACAGUACCUUCCGUGUUCCC